AUAUAAGUUAUAUAACAUUAUUGCGAGUUUUUUAAGUCGUAGGAAAUGUUUUAUGGGUUGCAGUCAACAUAUUGUGAAUUUGUAUGCAAAUAUUAUCCUUCGUAAUAAUUCAAACUCAUUUAAAGCAAUUUGCACCACUACAAAUAGCGCCUCUAUUGGAACAUUUACCCUACUCUCUUGAAAUGCUACUGUAUGAUAAUAGUCUUUUGGAGAUAUCUUAUCUUAUAUAUGCAAUUAAGUUGUAAAACGUGUGUUGCAUAAUAAAAGCAAAACAGUAUAAAACAAAACAUUUAGAUUCGGUAAAAGCUCAUUGUGUUCAUAACGUGAAUGUAAAAAGUGGUCAUGUUACGUUCAGUUAUUUUGGUUCUUUUGGUUAUUGCAGUAUACGGCGAGGAGCAAAAUGCACUUCGUCAACUGAUUUCGAAGCGCGGUCCUGUAGCUUUAAGUCGUGCAAUAUCAUCUUGCAAACAGGGACGUCGACAGGAUUGUGAGGACUGUUCUACAGUAAAAAUUUGUAGCUACGAUCAGACCGCUCUUACAUCCUAUCGCUGUCAAGAUGUAGAUCCAGCUAAGCCUUAUUGUACAGGUGAAGGAAUAUGCUCAGAAACGCAAGAAGAUGGUGUUGUGUGCAACGAAGCGAAUGAAUUGUGUCCGAUGAAUUCUCCUGGGUUCUAUCCUGACCCUUCAAAUUGCACUAGAUAUUUGUAUUGUGAUUCUGAAAUGUUAGGAUAUGAGCAAAACUGCUUAGCGGUCAAUAAUGUGUACAACCAGACUACGGCUGCUUGCUUCCUUAAGCGCCGUUCAUCUGAUUGCUUCCAGGUGGAUUGUAAAAAUUCUCGAAACAUAAAUAAGUGGUUUGUAUACACACCUUUCCCACAGCUGUAUUUUCUGUGCUCGUCAAAUGGGGCAAUCAUGUUCAAAUGCCCGCGUGAAACUGAUGUUUUUGAUUUGGACCUAAAACGAUGCGAGUUUGAAUGUCGCGAAGCGGGAAGAUUCGCUCAUCCUAAUGUCAGAAUGUACUACGAAUGUGCAUUUGUUAGCAUCAGCAAGCUCCAGAAGUUUGAACAAACUUGUCCACCUUUACUGGAGUUUAAUGCAAAGGAUCAAAAAUGUCUUGAAAAAAAAAAUGACUUGAUGAGUUAAUAAAGAUUGAUGGGAUUUGUUGAUGUUAUUAUUGAAAUUGGCUACUUGUGCAUAAGAGUAACACAUGAAUAAAUGCAAAGCAAACUGUGAAAAAUAUGUA